AGUGCUAGUUUCGUUCUCUUAUAUUGUUUCAGCUGAUCAAACCACAAUGAAGUGGUUGAUCCUUUUCUUGUUAAUAGCUGGUGUCUGCUCUGCGGAGAUUACAGAUGAAGAAGAAAUUGUGAGCCAGCCUCCAGAAGGCCCAGGAGGCCCAGGAGGCCCAGGAGGCCCAGAAGGCCCAGAAGGCCCUGGUGGACCUGGUGGACCUGGUGGACCUGGUGGACCUGGUGGACCUGGUGGACCUGGUGGACCUCCACAUGGUGGACCUGGGGGACCUGGUGGACCUCCACAUGGUGGACCUGGUGGACCUCCACAUGGUGGACCUGGUGGACCUCCACAUGGUGGACCUGGUGGACCUCCACAUGGUGGACCUGGUGGACCUGGUGGACCUCCACAUGGUGGACCUGGUGGACCUCCACAUGUUGGACCUGGUGGACCUCCACAUGGUGGACCUGGUGGACCUCCACAUGGUGGACCUGGUGGACCUCCGCAUGGCGGACCUGGUGGACCUGGUGGACCUGGGGGACCUGGUGGACCUCCUCAUGGUGGACCUGGUGGACCUCCACAUGGUGGACCUGGUGGACCUCCGCAUGGUGGACCUCCACAUGGUGGACCUGGGGGACCUGGUGGACCUCCACAUGGCGGACCUGGUGGACCUCCACAUGGUGGACCUGGUGGACCUCCACAUGGUGGACCUGGUGGACCUCCACAUGGUGGACCUGGUGGACCUCCACAUGGUGGACCUGGUGGACCUGGUGGACCUGGUGGACCUGGGGGACCUGGUGGACCUCCUCAUGGUGGACCUGGUGGACCUGGUGGACCUCCGCAUGGUGGACCUGGUGGACCUCCGCAUGGUGGACCUGGUGGACCUCCGCAUGGUGGACCUGGUGGACCUCCACAUGGUGGACCUGGUGGACCUGGUGGACCUCCACAUGGUGGACCUGGUGGACCUCCACAUGGUGGACCUGGUGGACCUGGUGGACCUGGUGGACCUCCGCACGGUGGACCUGGUGGACCUGGUGGACCUGGUGGACCUCCGCAUGGUGGACCUGGUGGACCUCCGCAUGGUGGACCUGGUGGACCUCCACAUGGUGGACCUGGUGGACCUCCACAUGGUGGACCUGGUGGACCUGGUGGACCUGGUGGACCUGGUGGACCUGGGGGACCUGGUGGACCUGGUGGACCUGGUGGACCUCCACAUGGUGGACCUGGUGGACCUGGUGGACCUCCACAUGGUGGACCUGGUGGACCUCCGCAUGGUGGACCUGGUGGACCUGGUGGACCUGGUGGACCUCCACAUGGUGGACCUGGUGGACCUCCACAUGGUGGACCUGGUGGACCUGGUGGACCUCCACAUGGUGGACCUGGGGGACCUGGUGGACCUCCGCAUGGUGGACCACCUGGUCGUGGACUACCUGGUCGUGGACCACCUGGUCGUGGACCACCUGGUCGUGGACCGCCCAGGCGUGGACCACCUGGUCGCGGACCACCCAGGCGUGGACCACCUGGUCGUGGACCACCCAGGCGUGGACCACCCAGGCGUGCACCACCCAGGCGUGCACCACCCAGGCGUGGACCACCCAGGCGUGCACCACCCAGGCGUGCACCACCCCCUCACAGGUCUCCUCACAGGCCACGUCCAAGAUCACCUAAGAGAAGGAGACAGAGAAGGAGAAGGAUUGUUCACAGAACAAGAUGUCGUAGAUCUCGCCGACAAAUGCUCCAGGCACGCAGAUUGUUCUUCCAGCGUCUUAGACAGCGGAGGAGGGAAGCGAGGAAGAGGAGAGGGUACUAGAGGAGGGGUUAUCAGAUCAAGACACUGUAAAUAGUAUAUAGCAUUUAGAGGGUAAUUUGUCCUACUAUAAGAUGAUUUGAUUUGUGCUUUCAUGGUGAAUUAUUCUGCUGAUGAGUAAUACUGUUAUGCUGCUAAAUUUGGAUCUUUAAAUCAGCUCAAUUAUUCAAGUUUGAUAUGAUUUAGUUCUUGUCUUCUUUAUU